UCGAGCGAUUCCGAAUCUGGAACCCGCGCGAUGAAGAACGCGUUUGUGACAGUCGGGACCACCAGUUUCGACGAGCUGGUCGCCCGUGUAGCUGCCCGCGACAGCGUUGAGAUUCUCCAGAGUCUUGGUUACAACCGGCUUGUCCUUCAAAUUGGUAGAGGCACAGUGGUCCCUGAACCAUUCAGUACUGAGUCAUUCACUCUGGAUGUUUACAGGUAUAAGGAUUCUUUGCAAGAAGACCUUCAGCAAGCAGAUCUUGUCAUCAGCCACGCAGGUGCAGGAAGCUGUUUGGAGAGUCUUGAAAAAGGCAAGCCACUUGUGGUAGUUGUAAAUGAAAAAUUAAUGAACAAUCAUCAGUUUGAAUUGGCAAAGCAGUUGCACAAAGAAGGACAUCUCUUCUACUGUACCUGCAGCACGCUUCCUGGGCUGUUACAGUCAAUGGAUUUAUCAACACUGAAAUGUUAUCCUCCUGGCCAGCCAGAAAAAUUUUCUGCAUUUUUGGAUAAAGUUGUUGGAUUACAAAAAUAAACUCUCAACACUUUAAAAUACCCAUAAAUCCAGUUCAUGGAAUAUGAUUAAGUAAAAAGAAAUUUAUAAUAUGUAUUUGUAGAACAAUAUAAAUUAUUAUAUUUACUACAAAAACAUUAUUAUAAGGAAUUUUGUGGCAUAAAUAAUGCAGUGGGGUCCCAAUCCUAAUUUUAGUAAAUUUAUGAGGCUGCCCUAACUUUGAAUAUGUAGUGAGUCCUUAACUUUGAAAACAUAGCCUUCACAUUUUUGUCCUAAAAUCUAAAAUGGAUAUUUUAUUGUUUAAAAAGAAAAACAUAAAAGCAGCAGGCCAGGCAAUGGUGGUACAUACCUGUAAUCUCAGCACUUGGGAGGCAGAGAGGCUGGUGUAGCUCAGUGAGUUUGAAGCAAGCCUGGUCUAUAUAGUUUACGACAGCCAGGGCUACACACAGACUUCCUGUCUCCCAAACCCAAAACAAAAACACAAAACCAAAAAUAUUCAAAAAAGUUAAUAAGAAUCAUAGAUGUUCUUUUGAAUAAUAAUAAAAAAGAAAUGCUAACAAUGUAACCUUUUGGUGAGAAAAUCAUCUGUAGGUUUAUAAACUUAGACGGCUUUUUUGCGUUAAGCAUAAAAAAUGUGAUUACUUUGUGGAAACUAAUAGUUAAUCUGAAAAAAAUUAAAGUAAUUCAUCUACUGUACAUGGAGUAACCACUUUUAUCUUCAAUAAUAAAGUAGAUAUGUUCACCUUUGAACUUUUCUGAUCCUUCAAGUGCUGGGAUUACAGGCACAUCAUUCCUGGUAGUAUUUGUUCCUCUAAAACAGAGAAGGGCUGUGGAGAUGGCUCAGUGGGUUUGCAUUUUCAGAAUGAACAUAUUAGGCAUGGUAAUGUUUAUUUAGAAUCCCUGUUCCUAUGAUGAGAUGGUAGAUGUAGAGAGAAUUUCUGGAAAACACUGGGCUAGGCAGCGUGGUGGUCAUAACAUUGAAUGGCAAAAAGAGACCCUGUAUCAAACAAGGUGAAAAGUAAGGGUUGAGCCUGGGGUUUUCAUCUAUCUCUACCAGCUCAUCAUGGUAUUCAUGCCUACAUUUACACAAAGACAUACACAUGUGUAAGUAGAAUGUGAUCAUCUUAUUAAUGCCCUAAGUCCAAAAAUACAACAGUAUGACUUGGCUGUUAAUUUUUUUUCACUUUUAACUUUGUGAAUCCUACUCCCUCUGGCCUUUGGGGACACCAGGCAUGUGUAUGGUCCACAGACAUACAGAAAAAAACACUCAUCUAUACAUAAAAUUUAUACCCUCCAUAGUGAUGAAACGUGUAACAGUUUGACUAUUAUACUUUUGCUAAUGUGUGAUCUGAUGUGUACAAUUACUUAAAUACAUGUUUUUUUUAAGUGACAAUGCAUUACGAAAGUUAUGAGUGUGGUCUUAGAACUCUUUUAGGUUGUUUAGAGAGAAGGUUUCUCUUUGUAGCCUUGACUGUCUUGGAACUUGGCUUUGUAGACCAGAUUGCCAUCAAACGAAGAGAUCUGCCUGCAUCUUCCUCCCAAGUGCUAGGAUUAAAGGGGUGUGUCACCAUGGCCCAGGGGGGGGUGUGUGUCUCAGAACUUUUAAGAUAUUUUUAAGCAUAAUAGUUCUUUGAUAGUAAGUUUAGAUACAGUUUAUUGAUAAAGAUAGACACUUCAGAGCUGAGCAUGAUGGUGAAUAGCUGUAAUCCCAGCAUUUAGGAGAAGUCAGCUGGCCUAUAAUAGCAAGUUUCAGGUUAUCCUGAGUUACCCAGUAAGAAAAAAAUCAGUCAAUAGGUAUGAUAGAGACUGCAGGUGUACCUUGUUCCAAACAUUUUACUUGGGCCGUAUUCACAUAUUCUAGAUUUAUUUUCCUGGUUGUCAUUUUUUGCGCUAAUGUUAAAGUUUUACUUGUGUUAAAAGUAGGUUCCUAAAAAAUACUCUGUACUCAAAGGAAGCCAUUUUGGGCUACAAUUUUGGUGAGAAUAACAUAAGUGUGAGUAAUCCACAUCUCCAUAGUUGAGAGUUAAUAGCAGUCAUACCUUUUUUGUAUAUAGUUAUCAACUUUUAUGUAUGUGCCUGUUCUAUGCCUGAAGUCAGAGGAUAAACUCAGGGUUUAUCCUUAAAUACCAUCCACCUCUAGGAUGGUCUCUCACUGGCUAGGAGUUCAUUAACUAGGCUACUGUGGCUGGCUAGUGAACCCCAAGUGAUCCCUUAUUUCCAUUCCUCAAUUUUGAGUAGUUUUUCUUACGUUAACAUAAUUAUUGUAAACUUUAAGUUGUUUUUUUUUUCAGUUUCCCCACUUAGUUAAAUGGGGAUUUUUAAAUAUGUAUAUAUUUAUAUACAUAAUAUUAAGUUUUGAUGUUUUUCAGCAGUAGUUUCACACCUGGAUUUUCCUUGGUGAAUGAACUCAAACUUGUGAUUUGAGAUUGGAAGUCUAU